AGUCGACUCCGAGUCGAUUGUGGCUGCGUUCGAAGAAUCGACUCUUCCCGGGAUUCAUUUUUCUUCCAGAGUUUGGCUGAAGACCUCGACCCGGCGCUAUGGAUCCGUCGUCCCCGCCAGAGCAGGAAGCAUCAAACCGCACGACUGAAGCAGUUAGAAUCCCGGAGGAAGUGCGUCUGCGCCGCUUCCUGUGCUACGGCUCCGAGAGCGACACCUACAGGUCGCGCGAGCCGAGGAGUCUGUGCCUCGAGCACGCCUCCUCUCUGAUCGGUUUGCUCGAAGCCGGACGAGGCGGCGACGCGGUGCAAGAGGUGCGCAGCGUGAGUCUGAGGGGUGGAGUCAGAAGCUCAGGCCCCGCCCUGUUUGCCCUGGCCGUAAUCUCGCAGCACCCAGACGCAGAGGCCAAGCGAGCGGCAUACGCGGUCCUCAGAGAGGUGUGCGCAUCUCCGGGCGAGCUGUUCAGCUUCAUCCAGUAUAAGAAGGAGCUGAGCGGCGCCGGGCAGCGCGGCAUGUGGGGGCGGGCGCUGAGGAAAGCCGUGGCGGGCUGGUACAAUGGACGUGACGCGCUGGGCCUGGCACGCGAUGUCACCAAGUGUAAACGGAGAGGAGGCUGGUCUCAUCAGGACCUGUUCCGGCUGGCGCACCUGAAACCGGCGAGUGAAGCCAUCGCUCUGGUGAGUAAAUACGUGACUAAAGGCUGGAAGGUGGUGCAGGAGACGUAUGCAGACAGAGAGAAGACGGAGGAUGUGAUGAAGGUGUUUUUGUUCCUGGAGGCCGUGGAGAAGGUCAAGCACUCGAGCGACGAGCUGGAGGUGGCGCAUCUGAUCGAGGAGCACAAACUGGAGAGAGAGCACGUCCUCGCUAAACACCUGAAGUCUCGAGAGGUGUGGAAAGCCCUGCUGAAGGAGAUGCCCGUCUCCACGCUGCUCACACACCUGGGGAAGAUGACUGCGGAUAAACUCCUGAGCUCGGGAAGCGCUGACACGGCCGCCGUGUGUGAGAGGAUUCAGGAUGAGCACGCUCUACUCAAGGCUAAACUCCACCCGCUCUGCGUCCUCCUGGCGGCUGAGAGCUACAAGCGCGGUCACGCCAAACGAGGGAAGGUCAAGUGGAAGCCGAACAGGGACGUCGUUCAGGCCCUAGACUCCGCCUUCUGCAGAUGUCUGGCGAACGUCGAGUCCACAGGAAAGCGCCUCGUAGUCGGAGUGGACGUCAGCUCUCGACUCGGCAGCGUCACUCUCGGGAGCCUCGUCAGCACCGUGACCGUAGCCGCCGCCAUGAGCAUGGUGAUCGUGCGAAGCGAACCGAACGCCGACAUCCUGCUGUUUUCCGAAGGGGCCGUCGUCCCCUGCACCGUCCCACCCGAGUCGUCUCUUCUCCAAAUAACCAUGCAGCUAGUGCAGGUGUGCAGCAGUUGUACGGACUGUGCCCUGCCGAUAACCUGGGCCUCGGAAAAUGACAAAAAGGUGGACGUGUUUAUUAUUUUCACCAACAACGAAACCUGGCCCGGGAGGUUCAAUCCUGUGGAGGCGCUCAGGACAUACAGACAGAAAACCGGCCUGUUUUCGAAGCUGGUUGUCUGCAGCAUGACGACCAACAGCCUCAGCACGGUCGACCCGGACGAUCGCGGCAUGCUGGACAUCUGCGGGUUCGACUCGCACGCCGCCGACGUCAUCCGCGACUUUAUCACGGACGUCAUCUGAGAAGGGUGCACGACAGGAAACGCCGCACAGGGAGCAAGAAAUAAAACAGUUCACGUGUUUCUGUGGGGUUUUUUUCCCAGCAGGCUGGAUGGAAAUUUCACUCGGAAAUGCGGAGAACGUCUAAUUUCAUCAUAGCGCUUUAAACAGCGCUGUAGCACUACAUUCUUUUUUAUGAAAUAUAUAUAUAUAUUUUUUGGUAUUGGGAAACUUCUGUAUGUAGUCAUGUGACCAUAGGAUGUAGCAAGAAAUCUACUUUUUAGGUAAGCUAGGAAGCUAACAAGUGAUUGUAGGUUAACGAAUGAAAAAGUUGUUUGAAACAUUUCCUGAACGAGACGGUUAUUUCGACGUAAAAAUUAAAAGAGAAAGCAAAAAAAGAAAGAAACAUCAAUAAAAAUAAUAAUAACAGUAGUAAUUUAUGAUAUGCAUACAUAAAUUUUUAUUUAAUUUAAUUUUUUAUUUUUUAAUAUAAGUUUAUCCAGUGUGUGGUGUUUUUUUUUUUUUUGCUAUUUCUUUUUAUUAUUUAAUGAUUUUUUUUUUUCUUCUCCCAAACCUGAAAUCUCUUUGUUGGAAUUUCAAGCUAAUAGAAAUAAUUAAAGAAUGAAAAUAAAGAAACGCACAAAACAAUUUACACUAACAUUUACUUCAUAGACCGAGAGAGAAAAAAACAUGUAACAGUUGGCAGCAUCAAACAUUUAAACCCAAAGUCGAAUGAAGUGCUCGAGAAAAACAUACCAUUAAUUUUCUUUUUCUCUUUUAAUAAUCAUCACUCUUAUUAUUUUGCUUAAAGUAAAAAAGUUUUUUAAAGUUGAUGUUACUGAGUUUAUUUAAACCACGUGUGUUUGUGAGUUUACGAUAUUCGUGCACUUUUUUUUAUCCAUCCCGUGUGAUCUGCAGUUCUUGUCCAGAAUGGGCGGGGCUUAAGCUAGCCAAUUGCAAACUUGCAUCAUUUGCUUUCUUUUGUAUAAUUUCUUUCUUACAGGCGGAAAGUAGUGCUUAAUGGUUACAAAGUAAAUCCUUUUGUUGUUAUCAACUGUUUAGCAACUGUGGUUUAUUUGACUACAACUUUAUUUAAUGUGAAGAUGUAACUCUGACAACGCUAGCUAAUUGGCGCUAAGUCCAUUUUACAUUGGGUGAGAAGCUCCGCCUAUAUGGACUCUGGGAGUGUGAAAUGUCAGUCAGUGUGGGAACAUCUUCAUGUAUUUACAUUGAUUGUUACUAUUUAAAAAAUUUUUUUUAGACUAAAGUUGGAAAUGAGCAAUAUCUAACAUUCUAAUUAGCUAGACGCUAAAUCCUGUGAUGCUAGCAACCGUCUGUUGAUUCAGCAGCCCAUCCCCCCAAGUUGCAGAUAUAUCCUGUUUUCAUGGAAACUUAUCUGACCGCUUUCUUGGCUAACCAGCAAUGGUGACUUGCUAAGUAGCUGGCGUUAAAAAAAAAUUGUGCCAAUUUUUUCUUUUAAAAUGCUCCAGUAUGCACUUCUUCUUUUCUUUUUAAGUGAUGCCGAAGGUGAAUCGGGGAAGCCCAUGUAGAUAAAGUAGCACUUUAGUUUCAGGAGGCAAAAACUGAACCGUGAUGUUUUUAUGAUAACUGUGCUAGAUAUCUAGCUAACUCUAGAGCGAUGGUUUCCAUGACGAGAAGAGGAGACAAGGGUGUAGAGUUUGUCGGAAAUAAAAGAAAAGCACUGUGAUUGUUGUAACUGUAAAGAAGUCUGUUUCGUACCUCUCCUUUAAUGUAAUUUGGUGGUUCGGCAUCGAACCACUGUAGCCGACACCAUGACGCUAUGGAAGGCUUAUCACUUAAUAAAAUCUUCUCUUUUUGAAGUAAAA